GGUGUCGGAAACAACAGCAAUGCUGCUCCUGGACACUUCAUCCGCCGUUCCAAGACCCUCGACGAGCCCCCGAUGAGAUCCGGAUCCAUGUCGCGACACUUUUCUUCAGAUUCGUCGUCCGAGGCGCCUCCGCGCAGGAGCUCCAACUUUUCGGAAUACAGCCUAAAUGAGGCACGCGACAUCCUCAACCCCCGGCCGCACGCUCAUGGCGAGCUCUCCCAUCACGAAUCAUCACCGCUAGCCUCUCUAUCUCUGGCCUUUGCCCUUCUGCCUGCCAUCGCUGGCGUUCUGUUUCAGAAUGGCACAUCUGUUGUCACCGACAUUAUGCUCUUGGGCCUCGCCGCCAUCUUCCUUCACUGGUCGGUGACGCAGCCUUGGCAAUGGUAUCACGCGGCGCAGGAAGUCCGUACUCUUGAGGAGCAUUCGAUCAGUAUAUCGCUUGAAUCAGACAGUGAUCUCGACUCUCAGGCCAAAGCUCCGAGUACUAGCACCCCCCUGGACGAUGUUCCCGAAGAGCGAGAGGGAGAUAAAGUAGAUGAUUCCAACUCAGAGAAGAGGGAAACUCGGGAGAAACAGGCAACGGCACAGCAACAGGCUGCUCUGAAGGAGCUAUAUCGCCACGAAAGUCUUGCUCUCGCAUCCUGCUUCGUAUUACCAAUGCUUAGCGCAUAUCUCCUACAUUAUAUCAGAGGCCAGCUGAGUCGGCCGUCUGAGGGACUCGUUUCCAACUUCAACCUAACAAUUUUCCUGAUGGCAGCUGAGCUGCGUGUGCUGUCACAUAUAAUCACACUGGUCCAGUCUCGGACGCUGCAUCUUCAGAAAAUAGUACACGAUAGUCCGUUUGGUCAGCAACCCGGGACUGAAACGCUACUUGAGGAGAUGCUCAGAAGAUUGGAGAGGCUUGAGACUCUUUCAACGUCUCAGGGCAACACGCUCGCCGGGCACGGAGAGUCUUUGGGUACGACCACGGCGACAGUGAGCCGAGACGUGAGGAAUGCUAUCCAGCCAGAGCUGGAUGCUCUGAAUCGAGCCGUAAGGCGGUAUGAGAAGAAGGCAACACUCUUGCAGCUACAAACAGAGGCUAGGUUCUCUCAGAUGCACGCACGACUGGAAGAUGCCAUAUCUUUAGCAGCUGCGGCAGCUAAAAACUCGAAUCGACAGCAGAAUAUACUCCCGUGGCUGUGGAAGUUAGUUGUGACGGUAGCAACAUUUCCUUUCAAAGCUUUCUUGGAAAUACUCGCGCUGCCGUUGAGGCCUAUAGUCGCAUUUGCAAACAGAAAUAAACAGCCAUCUACCAACCUUCGGGUACCUCGAAGCAAGCCGGGAAAGCCAGCAGCAGCAGCAGUAAAAUAUAACGGCGAUCGAGUGCUGCCGAGAAUAAUCAAGAAAUGA